AAAGCGGCUUGUUCCGGCUUGCCCCUUUACAUCUUUUUAUCCUUGCCCACAACAUUAAAAUAGUGCCCAGCGCCGCUCCUCCGACAAAGUACACGCAGAAAGCAUUUUUGUGGAACCAUCGGGAGGGUUUAACAUAAAAAAAACAAAAAAACCUCGUCUCGGGCGGAGUAUGCAUGAUGCGUAGCGGUGCAGCAGCCCUCUGCCUGUGCAGCCCGGCGGUGAGGCGCAGUUCGGGCACCAUCACCGGCGGAGCGAUACCACCAUCUCCUCUCAGCCCCGGUUCGUGACACGGAGAGUGUGUGGCUCACUGUACCUGAGCGAACGUGUCCGUCAUAUACUGUCGGAAAAGGGGGGCAGAGAAUCAAAACUGGACCAAGGAAGCUGUAUCUAAUGCUCUAAAAUGCAGUGCCACAUCGCUCUCGCAUCACGAAUGAUCUCCCCGGGCUUGCUGCUGCGGUUGUUUUGCAAUUGAUGAAGAUUUUAUUUUUUAAUUUUUUUAUUAUUUUGAUGCGCUUCUGUGGAUGAAUAUGUUUAUUCUGGUGCUGUGGUGUAGUGUGUGAGUCAUCAUCGGCACUGGCGAGCAGGAGCUGUUGUCGGGGAUCGUUGACAUGCAUUCACCCUGAACUCGGUGACGCCUCCCUCAGUGGUGUCGUGGCAGGAUGCCAGUGCAGGCGGCCCAGUGGACAGAGUUCCUGUCCUGUCCCAUCUGCUACAAUGAGUUUGACAGCAGCAGCCACCAGCCCAUCAGCCUGGGCUGCUCCCACACGGUGUGUAAGACCUGCCUACACAAACUGCACCGCAAGGCCUGUCCUUUUGAUCAGACACCCAUCAGCACCGAUAUCGACCUGCUGCCAGUCAACUGUGCCCUGCUACAGCUGGUUGGAGCUCAGGUCCCAGAUGUGCAGCCGGUGAGCCUGAGCAGUGCAGCAGAGGUUGAGAACUAUGAGGUCUGCAAGGUGUGUGUGGAAGAGCUGGCUCUCUACCUAAAACCUAUCAGCGGUGCAAAAGGUGUGGCGACUCUGAGUCCGAGCGUGCUUAGUCGGCCAAUGCAGAGGAAGCUGGUGACGCUGGUGAACUGCCAGCUGGUGGAGGAGGAGGGCCGUGUGCGGGCUGUGCGGGCAGGCCGUUCGCUGGGGGAACGAACCGUAACUGAGCUCAUCCUACAGCACCAGAACCCCCAGCAGCUCUCUGCCAACCUCUGGGCAGCAGUGAGGGCGCGGGGCUGCCAGUUCCUGGGACCUGCUAUGCAAGAAGAUGCACUGAAGCUAGUCUUACUGGCUCUGGAGGACGGCUCAGCUUUGUCCAGGAAGGUUUUGGUUUUGUUUGUUGUGCAAAAGCUAGAGGCUCGAUUCCCCCAGGCCUCCAAAACCAGCAUAGGCCACGUGGUGCAGCUUCUCUACAGGGCCUCCUGCUUCAAGGUGACCAAGCGUGAUGAGGACUCCUCUCUGAUGCAGCUGAAGGAAGAGUUUCGGACGUAUGAAGCUCUGAGGAGAGAACAUGACGCUCAGAUCGUCCACAUCGCCAUGGAGGCUGGCCUACGAAUUUCACCUGAGCAGUGGUCUUCUCUGCUAUACGGAGACCUGGUCCACAAGUCACAUAUGCAGUCCAUUAUUGACAAGUUGCAGUCUCCAGAGUCGUUUGCAAAGAGUGUCCAGGAGCUGACAAUUGUUCUGCAGAGGACAGGAGACCCUGCCAACCUCACAAGCCUUAGACCCCACCUAGAGCUACUAGCCAACAUAGACCACAACCCAGAUGCCCCGGCACCAUCAUGGGAGGAGCUGGAAAGUGUGAUGCUGGCUGUGAAGUUGGUGGUUCAUGGACUGGUGGAAUUCAUUCAGAACUUCAGCAAGAAGAGCCACGAUGCUCCACAGCCUCAGGCCAACAGCAAGUACAAGACCAGCAUGUGUCGAGACCUUCGUCAGCAGGGAGGCUGUCCCCGGGGAACCAACUGUACAUUUGCACACACACAGGAUGAGCUGGAGAAAUUUAGACUGAGGAACAAGAAGAGCAGCAGUGUGGGCCGUGCGUUCCCUUUAGCACCGGGGGUCAUGGGUAAAACCUUCACCAUGGAGGGAAGCAUCCACACAGAUGUAUCUUCAGGAGUCAAAGGCACAGGAGAGAACACAGCCACCCUGACGGAGGGAGUGCCCGGUCUGACUCACCCGCAACUGAUCUCCAGAGGGUCUGACAUGAUGGAUGAGAUGAAGAGAGCGGUGCCAAAUGGAUCCAAUGGGGCUAAUGGGUCCAACGGGCUAUCUGGCACCAGCAGAAACUCAUCGGGGUCAACUGAACAGAAGCCCAUAUCUCCUCCCAGGACUCCAGUCAGCCACUCCUCAGCGUCGUCUCCCUUGACAACAGUUGGACGGGGUGAUGGUGGCGCUCCUAUGCCCAAACAUGGUCAGUUUGUGCUGCGUGCACCACAUCCUUCUCAGGCGUCAGAGCUGUACUAUCAGGAGCCCCACUCUGCAUAUGAAACAGCCCAUUAUCAACCUACCUCAGGUUCCUACUACCCAUCUACUCUUCAUCCCCCUCACAAACCCUGCAUGGCUCGGUUCCUUCGAUCCUCCAAUGUCCCAGAAUCCUCCCUGCCACCCUCGAUUGGCCCUCCACCAUCUUCCUACCCCAAUGACUCUCAAACACAACACCCACCUUCCUCCUCUUCGUCAGGGUACCCGCCUAGAGAUCGGAUGGGACCUCCUGCCUUCCAUCCCCACCCAGGGCAGCCUCAGUAUGGGCCUCUUGCUCCUGCUCAUGGUGUUUAUGCUCCACUCUAUGACAGCAGGAGAGUAUGGAGGCCUCAGCUGUAUCACAGAGAGGAUGCCAGGAGUAACUCACUGCCUCCAGAGGUGCUGCAUUCCUCUGUCUACCAGCCUCCACUCAGGGAGAGAUUCAACUCUCUAGAUAGCAACUACUGCUCUGGAGCUGAACACCGUGCAGGGCUACACAGGGAUUAUGGCCGUGUUCCUCUGGGCUACGAGGAUCUGUUCAGACGGAAGCAGGAGCAGUGGGCUCAUCAUCACCACCAUCACAAUACCAACAGGCCCUCCCAAUCCUCCCCCAUCUUCACCAUCGAUUUUGGAAGUGAGCAUGUGGAGAGCGGUGGAGGCCAGUGUGUGGGGUGCAGGUUCAGAGGCGAGGAAAGUUUAGCGCACUACUCUCCGUGGUCCUGUGGUACCAUCGGCCCCUGCCUCAGCCCCUUUGAGCCUGAAACGCUCACACACACCUCGGCUCACUCCUGCUCAGAGCACUCGGAGUUGGACAGCAACGGAGGUGGAGGCGGUGGCGUUAGCAGUGGCGGUGUCGGGAAGCGAUGGCUGCAUUCGUUAGAUCCCUACCGCCGCUUGAAAGACGAGGACCCGAUCAUUCCCUUUAGUGAGGGGCCCAUUAUAUCCAAGUGGGGUGCCAUAUCCAGGGCAUCUCGCACGGGCUACCACACCACCGACCCUGUCCAAGCCACGGCCUGCCAAGGCAGCGCCAGCACCACACCCAUCAACUUUAAAGAUUACAACCCCCACCUGGAUCACAGCGACUACAGGUGGAGCUCCAGAGGAUCAGACUCUUCAAGCCACUCCAGUUUCCUAGAGAGUGAGCAUCUUUGUGCGUCAGAGCUUCACGGACGGCGAACUUCAAUAAGCAGCGGAGAGAAAAUUGUGUCUGAUCUGCAAGCACGUCAGACCGCCUACAGCCAGAAUCGGGGCCGGGCUGAGAGUGAGCCGGACCCUGAUCGAGAUAUUGAGCUUGAACUGUGUGUCCUUGACAUGGAGGAUUCAGACCACCAGGAGAUCAAGUCUCAGGAGUCUUUAGACCUGGCCACCCCACAGUCUCAGGAUUCUUCCCACCUCCUUCCACCUCCCUGCUCCUCACCCCUCCUCUCCUCUCCUGUGGAGGAGCACCCCCAAACAGAGGGUCCUUUGUCAGACAAGAUGGAUACUCACCUGCUGAAAAAGAUGGCCUUCAGGAAGUCUCUGUCUCCUGGAGGGUUGGUCUCAGGAGGUCUGGGCGUCGGCAAGCUUAUGCUGAGGACUGGACCCCCUCGACUGGGGGACGCCUCCACCCGGGCUUGUCCUGAGACGCCUGUGACAGAGAUGCUGCUCAAUGGAAGCUAAGGGGACACAAAGUCAGACACUGACCUGCACCAAGCUAGCGCUGAAUCGCUUGCCGACAGCCACAUCCUGGUUAAAGGGAAUAUCAUUUAAUUUCAGCCUUCGAAAAAGUCGAUCAUAUGCCUAAAUAAAACAUGACAGUGUCUGUGCUGCGCCACAUCUUGAGGAGCAAGAGAAAACACACUGUCCUGCCUCCUAAGUGGAGAUUUUUCACGAGUGUACAGCUCCACAGAGAAUUUAGUGAUAUCACUGUUUAUGCCUCGUAAGGUACAUGGUCAGUUUGCACUUACAGUAGAUGCUGAACUUGUCCAUGUUUGCAGUCUCAGCUUUGGUCACAUUUAGGAGAAAGGCUUUAGAUCUAACAUCAUCUUCAUCACAUGAUUUCACAUUACAUUGGACGCCUGAUGUUUGCACAUCAUCUACUAUGUUGUCAUUCAACAUGGCUGACAAAGACAGACUUGUGUUUGAUGGGCCUCUCUUGUGUCAUUUAAAAUCUGAGAGACAACAAUAGCCUAUACAGUAGGCAGCAAUACAGUAUGAUAAGUCUUGCCACUUUUUAAAUUUUCUUACAUUUUGUGUCAAUCUUUUCCUUCACUUUUUCCUCAGUUCCUCACUUUUUGAAUCUUUUAUUUGCUUCCAUAAGCAUCCUUACAUGGCAAAGCCUUCAUUUGGUUUGAUGCUGCUGGUUUAGUUUAUAGCCUUUGCUGUAUUGUUGCACAUAUUCACAGGUAUUCCCUGAAAAAGCAAGAGAUAGAUGUUAUAAUACUUAGAACAAAAACGGGCACUCCGACCCUCCAAUAAAAUAAGCAACUGCAGACAAAAGAGGUCUUCACUAUGCUGAUACUCAAACAAGCCUCUGUCUUUUAUUAGUCAUGGGACCUUUUAAAUGUUGACCUUGACUGUCAUGAGAUCACCGAAUACAACAACACAGUCAUAAAUAGAAUUUGUAAAUGGUCGUCGAUCACUGGAGAUCAAGACAUUAAAACAAAGAUGUGUGUACACUUUUUUUUAAUCCACACUAUACUACCUUUAACUUUUGUUUUAUUAGGCGACUCAUACUGCAACUAAAGAAUACAAAGCACUUCUUUUGGGGACAGAAACUUGUAUUUUCAGCUGCAGAUGGAGCUAAUUUAGUUGAUUUCUAUUCAAGCCACAUUGACUCACCGUCAACUCAAACUAUUGUUUCAUCUUUGUGUGCCUGUAGUGGCUCCUGCAUUUAAUCCUGCUAGUCUUACUGCUCUCACUCUCUCUCACACACACAGUACAUUUGUGUACACUUCACACACAGUAGACACAAACAUGCAAUACAGUGGCCUUUCUCUCCUUGGUGUUAUAUAAACCUGAACACUGGGCUCUACGAUGACUUUUGUCCAAGCCCACUGACAGUCUCCCGUCCUGUUUCAGAGGUGAUAUCUUUCACAUUAAUGUGGUCUCAGUGCUUUCCAGUCCACUCGCCUUUGUGUACAAUGCAAACAAUAUUCAGAGGUUGCGCAUGGUGUUUUCAAGCUGAAGCCUACAAAAGGGAGGGACACCAUUUCUUGUGUUUCUUCAUGCUAUAUCUUUGUUUAACUUUUUUAAAUGUUUUGUUUCAUUUUAUUUUAUGCAUUGCUAACUUCUGUGAAGUUGUUUGUUGGGGUAUUUUGUAUCAGGAUCUUUGUUACUCUUGUUUUGUUGGCUAUAUUUUACAUCACAGAGACAAAACUGAUUGUCUUGUCUAGUGUUCCUCUGUUUUUGCUGGCCAUCAGUACACUGUCUAGUUGACUGUCGUUUUGUGCAGUAUGGGUGACUUCCUUACAGCCCAGCCUUGCCUCACUCCCUUUUAUAGAUAUGAGGCAUCUUGUCAUGUGUGGCUAAUGAAAAAAAAAACAUUAACCCAUUUUAGAUAUACAGGAUUUGAAGUCAUGAAGACUCUGAGUUUGUUUACACCUAUUCUAAAUCUUAUGAGAUUUGUGUAGAGUGAGAAGACUAAUCUUUGAAACUUCCAAGCUUCCUCUUUAAUUUCCUCUCACCUAAGCUACUGUACCUUUUCAGCAGCGACGUCUUUCCUCUCAGAUUAUACAUUAAAUCCCAUUUUAGAGGAUGGCAGAAUGGCUGUACACGUGAGGAUUGCUUAUUUAGUUUUGAGUUAAAAACUUGAAUAGGUAAAUAGGUGACUGGUAACCUUUUUUUUGGGGGGUUUCUCCCAGUCUUCCACCAAACAUAUGCUUGGAGAAGCGGGUAGACAAAACGAUGAAUUUGACUGAACAAUUCAGUGUGACUUGUGAUAAUAGUCUUUUGAAAACUCCAAUAUUUUAUGGGGUUUAUUUCUGAGAUGAAAAGGCAAGAGCUGGCGCAGGGAUUUAGCUUUGUUAUGAAAUUAGCUCAGCUACCUACUGUUGCUCUGCAUCUGUUUACAACUUCACCUUUGAAGUCAUGUAACGUUAAGUGCCAUGUUGUGUACAGUACAGUACAAUCAAUCCCUGCAAUUUUCCUAAAGCUUUUCAUAUUCCUCUACUGUAAACUGUGUGAGGAGGGAAAGGCUCGGUCAAGUGUGAGGAGUGAGAUACUUCUCUUGUAGUCCUGCUUUGUUCCAUUAGAGGAGGCUAGAUCCUUGUCUGUCUUGAAUUGCUCAGGGAAGACUUAAGUUGCUCAACUACUUUGGCUUUUUCUAUAUUCAUCACUUAAAUAUUCUGUGGAAGUAUUUACCUGAAUUUCACUUGCUGAUAACUGGCCAUUUCACCCGAAGCAUAAAUGGGUUACGCUGAUUAUAUUGUUUGCCAGUGUUUACUUUGCCCGUGUUUUCUUUUGCCUCUCAGUAUCAAUAUUGGCUUUGCUAUCCCUGUUCUCAUGGGAAAGGGCUGGGCACUACUGUAUGUAAAAACAGUAUUGUGAGUAUUGAACUAAUGUCAAAGUGAUACUCCCCUGUUUCCUUUAAAGUGUCCAUAGAGCACUGCUGUAGUGGCUAAUUGCACUGCACUAAUUCCCACCCCAUCACUGCCAGCGGGUGCACUCUGCCAGUGAGUGCCACCCCGUGCCCCCUCACCCCACCCCGCCCCGGCUCUUCCUUUAUACCCCACCACCCCAUCCUCCCUGCAUCCUGCGUCAUGCAUGCAAUAUAGUCCCUCUUGUGAUGGCGGAGGAGUAUUGAUGAUUCUGUAGUUGUGAUACAACACACCCAGCGCUGUAAGAGUUCUGCACAUGCCCACUGUGUGGCCACGUCAAGUGCUGAAGUUUGCUUGCAGCAUUUUACUCGUUUGCUCAUGAAAAUUAAUUCUUGUUUAAUAGAGAUUAUAUUAUUAUUAUGACUAUUAUUGUUAUUACCACAUUUGGUUGCUGUUGUGGUAUAUCUCCUUAUUGGUAUAUAGGUCUGGUUCUUUGUUUUGAAUUUGAGAAUUUGCUGAAAAUGUUGAAAUUUUUUAUUAGACAAAAAAGUGUCUCAUUAUUCUAUAUUAUAUGGGGAAAAGCUUGUUUGUUGAUUGUGAAACAUAUGAUGAACUGAUGUUUUCUGACUAUUCAUGUCUGUAUUAGACAUUUUAUUUGCGAAUCUAUUGUUCGAUUGAAAUGUAAAUGAACUAUUAAGAGAUGGUACACAUCCGUCAUUGUAUACAGUCUGGCACCAUCAUUAGAUGGACUUAUAGUAUAGACGCUCAUUUAUACAACCUGUGAUAAUCAGAUAUAUUUAAAUGUUUAAAUCAUUGGGGCAGCCGUGUAAUGUUUCAGAAUGAGGAAAAUCCUUAAAGAGACAGCAUAUCUAAAAUGUCCCCAUAAUGAAUAAUACUGUUACGUAUUCCAUUUAUUUCCUUGGAAAUAUCACAUUGUGAAAGGUUUCCCUUUUACUUACUGUAAGGUAAUGCAGGACUGGAGUAAGUCUAACCUAUGGUGAUACAGAUUUAUGUGCUAUAAUGAUUAAUGAAACUAUAUUGUUUGACUGACUGAUUGAUUCUUCUGUGCAUUUUCUGACUCGUUCAUCUGUAUUACACUGACUUACAGACAGCUUGGCCGAGCAGCAUACUGCUUCUGUGUUGCACUGAGAUGAAAUUAUAAAAAGGAAGAUUUCAGCACAUGAAUUUGCAUGCUACAAUAAACAAACAACAAAUAAUG